AUGAUCUGGACUGCUUUCCUACUGGUCCAAGUGGUGCUGCUCUACUUCCUCCUCACGCAGAGAUCAAGGUGCGAAAGUGAUCCACCUCUCGACAAAGGCGCUAUCCCGUGGCUGGGCCACGCAAUUGAAUUCGGAAAAGAUGCGGCCAAGUUCUUGACUCGAAUGAAGGAGAAGCAUGGUGACAUCUUUACUGUGCUUGUUGUCGGACGCUAUGUGACCGUGCUGCUAGAUCCUCACUCAUAUGACUGUGUGAUCAGCGACAGCGAUUCGCUGGAUUUUCAACGCUAUGCAGAUGUACUCAUGGAGAGGAUCUUUAAACUGCGCCUGCCGCAUCGUCAACCUGCUCACACAAAAGCGCUGAUGAAACAGCACUUCCUGGGAAUGAAUUUGUCCGCCUUAAACGACACCAUGAGCAGACACCUGGAGGCCAUGCUGAAAGCAGAAAUUCCUCUGAACCAGAAAUACUGGAAACAGAAGGAACUCUUCGACUUUUCGUACAGCCUUCUCUUCAAGGCAGGUUACCUGACGCUCUUUGGUGGGGAACAAAAUAAUAACAGCUCCAAUCCUUCAAGCGUCUAUGAUGAGUACCGCAAGUUUGACAACCUUCUAACCAAGUUGGCAAGAAAAACACUAAAGCCAGAGGAGAAGAAGACUGCCCAGAAUGCUCGUCACAGGUUGUGGGAACUUUUAGCCCCAUUGGGUCAGACGGCGGACUCUGGUUCAAGCGCGUGGAUUCACGCCUAUCGGCGACUUCUGCAGGAAGAGGGAGCGGACGAAGAGAUGCAAAGGCGGGCGAUAUUGCUGCAACUGUGGGCCACCCAGGGCAACGUCGGUCCUGCUGCCUUUUGGCUAUUGGGAUUCUUGUUGACAAAUCCUGAAGCACUGACUGCCGUGAGGAAUGAGUUCAAACAAAUUUCCCAGAUUGAGACAUCAGGUGCUUCCCUGCUCCACUCUCGUGGAAACACCCCGGUCUUCGAUAGUGCCUUGGAAGAGACCCUCAGACUCACUGCUGCCCCUUUCAUCACCAGAGAGGUAGUGCAGGAGAAGACCAUUCAAAUGGCUAAUGGUCAAGAGUACCAUCUACGGAAAGGAGACCGGGUGUGCUUGUUCCCAUUCACUAGCCCUCAAAUGGACCCUGAGAUUUACCCAGAUCCACAGAAGUUCCAGUUUGACCGCUUCCUGAAUAAAGACGGAACCACAAAAAGAGAUUUUUACAAAGGAGGCAGAAGGCUGAAAUAUUACACCAUGCCGUGGGGCGCAGGUACCAAUGGCUGUGUGGGAAAGCAGUUUGCCAUCAAUACUAUCAGACAGUUUGCGUACUUGAUGUUGAAUAUGGAUUUGGAAUUGUGUGACACAAAUGCUCAGAUGCCGGAAAUAAACACAAGCCGUUAUGGAUUUGGGAUGCUCCAACCGAAAGGAGACUUGUUGGUGCACAUUAAAGCCAGGAAGGUGCAUUAG